ACUUUCCCUCCCAUCUUCAUUGUUCAGACUUCAGACCAGUGGAAAAAACCAGACACAACCAUAAAUGGUUCUCUCACCCUCAAUCUACUAAACUUUUCCGUAAAUAGCAAGAAAUUAAGACCCAAACACCAAAUACCUUUAACUUUCUUUUUUCCUUUUCCUUCCAUGUAAAACUGAAGACCUCAAAGACCACCUCCAUAUGUACAGAUAGACAGACAUACACACACUGUUUCCAUUUCCCUACUCAUUUCCUUCCCACCUUCUUCCUUUAAUGCCUUCAAACUAACACUCUUUCUACCCAUUUUGGGUUAGCCCUUUUCAUCUGAAUCUAAAGACUGCGGGAGAUUAUUGUUAUUGCAAAAGCACAGUUGAUUGUUGCAGAAGUAAUAGUUAUCUGGAGCAAUAUGGCUAUAGGAACAGCUCCUAGAGUUCGAUUAGUUAGAUGUCCAAAAUGUCGGUUGCUUCUUCCUGAAGUAGAAGAUGUUCCCGUAUAUAAGUGCGGAGGAUGCGAUACGAUUCUUGCAGCCAAAAACCGAAAAGGUAUUGUUGAAAACAAGUCCUUCUUGCAAGAAACACCAGCUGCUGGUUCGGAUAUAUUGGUUCAAGUGUCUGAAGAUGGAGAAUCUCGCAGCUCGUCUCCUCAAGAGGUUCACUUGAGUCGUGAAAUUGGCUCUCGAAGUGGGAAAAUUGAUGAGAACUUAUCCAUUGGAGGGCAUUAUAAUGAUCAAAAUAAGUCCGGUGAUACCGAUUAUAAACGUGAAAAGCUCGAUGAAAAUGGACGGAAUGAAGGGCUGCAAAAUGGAAGCAGACGGUUGCAGUUGGAACCUUCGGAACAUUGCAAAGUUUCUAUUGAAGCAGAGGAAAACAACAAGACAUUGCGGUUAGAAGGUGCAUAUUUGGAAUUGAAGACUACUAACAAGACCGCUUCCAACAUCCGAGGAUCGAGCUUUGACGACCUGUGUGCUGCACGAGAAGCAGCAGGGGAAGUCACUUCAUCAGAUAAUUUUUUCUCUUCUCCUAAUGAACAUAUGGAGCAACCUUGGAGAAGUGAACAUCGAGGUUUUGACCAUGUAAGCUCUAUAGAUUCUCUCGGAACCCUGGAUUAUUUCAGCCCUAGUUCGGAGCUCAGUGAUCCAGAUCUUGAAUCCACUGCCACAAGAACCUCUCAUGCUUAUGAUGGUAGUAUGUCUUCAUAUGAUGGAAUGGAUGAUCAAUUCCUUGUUCCAGAAGAAACGCUAAAAAGGGAUAAAAUGCUUGCCAAUGGCUUGAUGACUUGUAAUGCAAGAAACCGCUCGUUAAAUUUAUCCGCUAAGAAGCGUUAUGGCACUACGAAAUCCAGCAAAUGGCAUCGAGAUGAAGCCUCAGAACCUGCAAUGCAUCAGCGUCUUCCCAGAAACCAGACCAAACGAGUGAGAGAUGAAUAUCGGUCUCAAAUACCUUUCUCUCAAAGGGCUUACGAAAACGCUGGCCCUUCACACGAUGAGUUCCAGGAGUACCGUGAACACGAGAACAUGAAACUGUUACGAAUGGUGCACGAACUGCAGGAUCAAAUUAGCAAAACAUGCAAUCUAAACGGAAGAAUAUCUCGAGGAAGGGCUUCCAUUGAUAUACCUUGUAGGCAAAAGCAUUUUCCUACAUAUUCCUAUCCUGAGGAAGAAAAUUUUUAUCCUCGAGCAUGGCCAAGAUCAGAACAGUUGCCUCCUCCGAUGUUUCCACAUAACCGGGGAUUUUAUAGACAUCACUCCGGUCAUAGUUGUUAUAAUUGCAACAACUAUUACCCCUCUAGUCCCCAAAGAUAUUUCGAGUCCGAUUUUUCUCGUUGGAGCCACAAAUUUAUAUCUGGUGAUCACAAGUCUAAGAGGUACCCGAAGGAGAAACAUAAUUCAGUUAAGCGACAUUGUUGGGCCAUGGCCGGUGGAGCGCCUUUCGUAACAUGUUAUCAUUGCUUCAAACCAUUGGAGUUACCUACUGAUUUUCAACUUUCCGAAAAGAGGUUCCAUCAGCUAAGAUGUGGUGCUUGUUUAAAGGUACUUACGUUUUCGCUUCGAAACGGGAUUCAUAUCAUUCCUUACGAACCAGUCGGUAGCAGGAACGUCGACCAAGUGAAGUCGAGGCCUGCAGUGAUGCGGCCAGCAUGUUGAAAACUGUAGUCAUUCAAGAACAGAUUUGUGCUUCAAAACAACCAGUUUGGGUUGUUCUGUAAUGAAAAUGUCAAAUCAUAGAUAGAUAGAUAGAUGGAAACAUGAAGACAAAAAAUGAACCCUUGUUUCUUCCUAUUGUUAGAAACAAGUUUUUGGGUUACAUUGGGAUUGGAUGAUCCCCUCACAGACAGCACUUGCAUAAUGGUUUUGACCAUGUUGAAGACGAGUUUUGGUCUUUUGCUGCCCUUUUUAAGGUUUCUAAAUGUUGCUUUUGUUUCAUUUGCUUUUUAUUGGUUUUGUGUUACCUUUUCUACUAACUAUUCUUUAUUGAAAUAAUAAGUAGUUAAAAGCUCUUAAGGUUUA